AUGGCAUAUGAUGCAUCAAGAGAUGCUGAAAUUUGCCCCAUAAGCCUACAGAAUCAGAUCCACGAAUGUUAUCCAACGAUCAUCUCAAGUACAAUCUCUGCUUUCUUUGCAUGUCUCAUCCCUCCAGAGGAGUUUUUAGCUUCAUCUCCAUCCGAGGUUGUUGUGGUUAACGUCGCUCAGAUUCGACGGCGCUUGGAGAAGGAGCUGGAGGCUUGUCGUUUGCCGACGGAGAUUGAGACAGAGAUGAUUGCAGUGGCGUCGGAUGUGAAAAAGGAUGUGGUACGUUAA